AUGCCGACGAGGAGGCUCGUCGUCGCACGGCUGCUCGCGACGUAUGCGGUGGCGCUGACGCCGCGGCUCCGGCCGAGGCUGCCGCCGAGGGGUGCCACCAGGCUCGCGUCGACGCCGACGACGGACGCGGAAAAGGCCUACUUCGAGAAGCAGGACACGGUCUACGACGUCGACGAGGGCGCGUGGAAGAACGACGCGUUCUGGGCGCAGGUCGACGCGGAGCUGCCGGGCUGGCGGACGGACGCCGCGCUCGAGCGGUUCCGCGGCUUCUGCGAGAACCUGCGGACGAAGCCGCCCGGUGCGGGCCCGGCGCCGAGGCCUUCGGUGGGGGGUCGCGUCGCGUCGGCGGCGAGCGCCGAGGCCGUCGCGCCCCGGCGAGAGAGAGUCCCGACGCCGCCGCGCGCGCAGGCGAGGACCUGUUCAUGGACAACCGGCAGCAGCUGCUCUCGCAGUACGUCUACCCGGGCCUCGGCGAGGACGCCGCGUCGGGCGAGAGCGUGCCGCGCGCGGCGUACCCGCACGACGCGUACCCCGAGCUGGCCGAGCUCCGCGCCAAGCUCUCGACGGAGGUGGCGGCGGCCGCGCGCGCCGAGUUCGACUCGGUGCUGAACGCGCGGCCGCUCGCCGACGACGAGGACGGCUUCGACGCGGACGCGGGCGAGUGGGACCCGCUGGGCCUCAACGAGGAGGAGGAGGACGAGACGUGGCAGAAGGCCGCCUGGUUCGGCUGGCAGUUCCUGUCGCUGCGCGGCGCGAAGACGACGGCGCCGAAGACGACGGCCGCGCUCGUCGCGGCCAUGGGCGACCUCGGGCCCGCGCACCGCUUCGUCGGCUUCACGCGCCAGAAGGCCGACUCGCGCGGCACCGUCCACUCCGACGGCCGCAACUACAUGCUCUCGACGCUGACGCCCGUCGACGCGCCCGAGGGCUGCGGCAUCUUCGUCGACGACGAGGAGGAGACCAUCGCCACGGGCGGCGACGCCGUCAUCCUCGACAACACGUACCCGCACUACAUCUACAACACGGCCGACCGCGACCGCAUCUGCCUCAUGAGCGAGUGCUGGCACCCCGCGCUGGCCGCGGCCGAGCGCGACGCGCUCGCCACGCUCUUCGCCGUCAAGGACCGCUUCACGGUCCUCGACCUCGGCAUGGCGCCCUGGGGCUACGGCGAGGACGACCUCGCCAAAGCGCUCAAGUCGGGCGCCGUCAACGACCUCGACUACUGGCGGCGGCUCGACUACGAGCCGCCCAAGCGGAAGCCCAAGGCGCCCAAGAAGAAGAAGGUGGGCGCCUCCGGCCGGAACAAGAAGAAGGCCGCCAAGUCCCGGGCCUUUGGGUAACACCUGUGUUUGAACUCCGCGUCGCGCGGGCCGCGCUCCACGAUGUCUCGACUCCUAUCUGCCGUCGCAUAGCUCCCGGGGUCCCUACGAGUCGCGAAAGGACGAAACGUGGGCCGUGCGCUUUCGUCGGCUGGCCGGAACACCAAGCGCAUUCUUCCUGGUUCCGCAAAACCCGCAGCAAGCACAGUCAAAUAACCUCAAUCACAAAAACUCGCAAUCGUAGCGAUCACGGCGUGAAACAACUCGCCCCAGACGCCCGCGCGCGCGACUCGAGCGCGCGGACGCGCGCUCACCUUUGCUGGCUCUCAGGCACAAACAUCACAACUAUGGCCUAGGCACCAAGUUCACGAACCACGGCUCAUACUUCGGGCUCUACCCUUGCCGCACGAACGGGUUCAACCAGGAACUGACGCACACCAAGAUCGGCACGCUCGAGCUCACGGAGUUCCCGGGGAACCUUUGCAUGACGGUGAAGAACGGCCUUCUCGCCGAGGGCUCGCACAUCGUCGGCGCGCCCUGCACCGGCCACGGCGGCCUCCUCGACCAGUUCCAGCUGUGGGACAUCGAGGGGUCCACGCCGGCUCCGGCGCCGACGCCGUCGCCUCCGACCCCGUGCGGCAAGCCGUGCAAAGAAGACAAGGACUGCAACGGAUCGGGCGGCUUCUUCGGGAACACGUGCCUUGUCCACGGUACCCAAUGCGCCGGCCACUGUGCCAAGCGGGACUAG